CAAAAUCAUUCCAUUCUAUUCCACUAUCAAGAGACUUUAGUAAUUAAUUUGAGCUAACUAAAAUGUGGCGGGAACUCCAACUUAUAUUUCUUCUGGGAGUGGGCAUCACCUGCGUGGCCGGAAAUCCGGCCCCGAAUAGCACCGUCCAAGGGGGAGGAUCCACCCUGGCUCUCACCUAUCUGGGAGCGUAUGGAGGAAAAACCUACUUCCGCGCAGAAGAAACCACGGCCAACUUUGCAACUUCAAAGACACGAUGCAGUUCACAAGGAAUGAUUCUCGCUGACAUCCGCACAUCCCAAGAGUUAUCAGCGCUCAACUCUAUCCUUGGAUCGACUCAGUACUGGACAUCUGGUGAACAGGUCUCGUCCUACAGAUGGUCAACGACGAACGGUCCAGUUGACCUACCGGUCACCAUGGCUGAUCCCACGUGUGUCUAUAUCUACGCCGGUACUCUGCGGAACGUUCGAUGUUCUACAAAUUUACAAACCUUGUGCCAAACUUAACGGCGAAAUGGAGGGACUUGACUCGACUGAAACUUAGAUUUAACGUAAAGAAUAGACAUUCUUUCCGUUAAAUCUAAGUUUUACGACAAUCCUGGCUAAAUCAAUUUGCUUUCUUUUAAUUUUUCCAAAUCGAACUUAAAUCUUAUUUCUUAAAGUUAAUGAUGGAUUACGCAUAUAAUUACUUCUAAGACAUAUUGGAUUAUUGCUUAUGAUAAAUAUUUAAAUUGAAACAUAUGUAUACUAAUAAACACUAUUGAUAUGUAGCAAGAAA